UGGCCGGGUCCCGCUGCCUCUCAGAGCCUGGCUCCGAGCUCGCUGCGCCCAGGGGCCCGUGAGAGGGUCUGCGGGCUCCCCCGGGCCAUGUGGAACAGUAUCACUUCAUGCUCACUCUGGAGACUUUCUCCUAGCUUCAUGUCUUCAAGAAUCCAAACCUUAACUCCUUUAUUCAUAAGAAAUUAUAAGGACUUCUGCAAAAACAGACAGACAAUAUGGACACUACGAAAUAGUCUCUGCCAGGUUAUGAAAAAGACUGUCCCCACAUUGACAUGUAAUACGUUUCCCCAUUGUUUUGUAAGUAACAAAGCAAGAUACGGACAGUAUAAAAAAACCUUCCCUGUUUUAGAUGGAAGUAUCCCUUCUGUAUGUGAACAUGUGUUUGAAGAAAACUUAAGGAAUAGUGAGGCUUGUAUUCAAAGAUAUUCAGAGUUGCUUUGCAAGGUCAGUAAAGGAGGUGGAGAGAGUGCAAUCUUGCGUCAUACCCAAAGGAACAAGAAGUUGCUUGUUCGUGAACGCCUAAGAAUGCUUCUCGAUGAUGAAACUUUUCUUGAGCUGUCCCCUUUUGCAGGGUUUGAUUUGCCAUAUGGUGAUGUCCCUGCAGCUGGAUGCCUCACUGGAAUUGGAAAGAUCUGUGGAGUCUGGUGUGUCUUUAUGGCAAAUGACGCAACAGUUAAAGGCGGGACCAUUUAUCCCAUUUCAGUGAAGAAACAGCUAAGAGCUCAACAAAUAGCAAUUCAAAACAGACUUUUAUCGGUAUAUCUAGUUGACAGCGGGGGAGCAUUCCUACCACUACAGGCAGAACUCUUUCCUGACCAGUCUCAUGGUGGCCGAGUAUUCUACAAUGAGGCAAUAAUGUCUGCCAUGAAAAUCCCUCAGGUGGCAGUGGUGUGUGGUUCUUGUACAGCUGGGGGUGCCUACGUUCCCACCAUGGCAGAGGAAACUGUGAUUGUAGACAAAAUCGGUAGUAUGUUUCUUGCUGGACCCCCUUUGGUUAAAGCUGCCACAGGAGAAGAUAUCUCUCCUGAGGACCUAGGAGGAGCCAGUAUGCAUUCUAAAGUCAGUGGCUGUGUUGACCAUUUUGCAUCUUCAGAAAAGGAAGCGUAUGAAUGUGUUAGAAAUAUUAUCUUGACGCUAAAUUAUGAACUUCCACCAGAGGAAACGUUGGAGUAUGAUGAUCCUCUGUACAGUGCUGAAGAGCUCCUGGGGCUUGCACCACGAGGUUAUAGCUAUACUCUACAUAUAAAACUGAUUUUGAGCCGUCUGAUAGAUGGAAGCAGGUUCCAGGAAUUCAAAGCUGAAUAUGGAACAACAUUAGUAACGGGAUUUGCCCAUAUGGAAGGACACCUCGUUGGGAUAGUGGCUAACAAUGGUCAGCUGACUCAUGAUGCUUCUCUAAAGGGCAGCCACUUUGUACAGCUGUGUAGUCAGCGAAGCAUUCCCAUCCUGUUUCUCCAGAAUACUGCUCCACAUGCACCAGAGCCAGCAAGUCUCUCACAGGCAGAGGAUCACACCAAUAGAUUAAAGGCCCAGGCCUCCAUGAUGGCUGCAGUUGCUUGUGCUGCUGUGCCCAAGAUAACCCUUGUAAUUGGUGGCUGUUACGGGAAUGAAAGUUAUGCCAUGUGUGGGAGGUCAUUUGAUCCAAACUUCCUGUUCCUGUGGCCUAAUGCAAGAGUUGCCCUUGUGGAUUCAAGACAUAUUUCCACAUUCCCACAGGCUAGGGAUGACGACUGCACAGGAGAUGACUCAGAGUUAAAGCAUCUAAAAGAAAAGCUAGACGAAGAAAGCAGUGCAUUUCACUCCUCUGCUCGACUCUGGGAUGAUGGCAUAAUAUUGCCACAGAAUUCUAGGAAGGUGAUUGCACAGUGCUUAACAAUUAUGAAACAGCAGAAGUACCAGAUCGCAUCUCUGCAACACUACCCCGUUAUCAGACUGUAAUCAAACUGCCAUUUGCAAAUAAUUGGGUUUUUAAGAAUGCCAACAUACAAUUUUUUAAAUGGAAGUGAUUUUCUAACAGUUUGAUACCUUUAAUAUAACUUGAAUUAGUUCUAGAAACUGUCAGUAUACAAAAAGGAAGCUCAGAUUUCAGGCUAUUUGGGUUAGGUUUGUAUUUUGAUCCCUGUUGCGCUAGCAAAUUUGAAACUUAUACUGUAUGAAAAGAAAAAAGAAAAUGCAAUUAAUAAACUUUUGGAUCUUGACACAGUCUGUGUAAUGAAGCAAACUCCUCUUUGUGCAAAAACGAUACUUGGGUUAUUAACAU